UGCUGGGACAUCUGGGCACGGUCAGACCUGGCUCCUGGGUCUCUCCAUCCCGUAGCCACCCUGCACACCCCUUCUUCCAUACACCCUAGCACAGGGAGAGGGUGAUAUGACCUGGGAGGCCCUACACCUGCGGCUGGUCCUGCUGCUGCUGGCCUCAGGCUCCUGGGUGCAGAGCCAGAAGGAUGAGUUGGUGUGGGCCAUACAGGACCAGGUACUCUCUGUGAAAUGCCCAUCCGCCCCCCUGCUAGGUGAGCAUCAGAACAAAACCUGGUCGAAACCCGGUUAUUGCUUGAAGUUAGUCACCAGCACCAGUCCCCAGGUAAUGGCCCAAAGCCCUCCACAUUUCAUCUGGGACAACCCUGCUGCUGGCUUCUUCCGUGUCAUCGUAACAGAGAUCACGAAGAAAAGUUCAGGAGCGUACUGGUGUGGAAUAGACAGAGGUCCUAUGAAAAGCAUCACUAUCCUCAAAAACAUCAGCCUGGUGGUGACUUCAAAGCCCAGGUCUCCGCCGGCAUUGUGGGAGUAGCAGAAGUGGCUGCCCCUGGCCCCACCAAGACCCCAGGGCCCUUGAGCACUCCCCACUGAGCCUACAGUCCCCCCACCUCCUCCUGAUCCUCCAUGACCACUGAGACCUGGGGCCUCCAAGAAAAGGCCAUUCCUGUGUUUCCGGAAGACACCUCCCAGCACCUGAAUCUGCCAGUGUGGCGGCACCUCUCACCCCAGAGCUGAGGACCCCCACAUUGCCUUCUCCAACGCCAUGUCCACAAAGCAAGAACCCACCACCUGUGAGACUCUUCCUGGGCAUCCAGGCUGCCCCUCUCCCACCCAGUGGACCAAACCCAACUGGUAGGCACCCUCCCCCUAACCUGUGCCUCUCCCUCCUCUCCUGGGUUACCUGUUUCUCUGCCAGCUCAUGGUUCAGCUGGUCUCCCGGUCACCAAUGCCCACUGCAGUCAGCUUUGGUUCCUGUUCUUCCCGAUAUGGGAAAUAUCCUUCGUUCAUACCACAUACAAAUGUAAUAUUUGCUAUUUCCAAAAAUGACGCAAAUUUUAAAAGUAUACAACCGUGAAUGAAAAGUGUUUCCAUCCUAUAAGUCAGAUGAAAGGGUCAAUAGCUUUAGUGCCCGAACAUCUUCUUUCUCUUAAAUAAGUAAGAAUCAGGCAAAUGUUUCCAUUUUAAAAGGGCUAAGGCUACGAACACAUCAUUCAUUACAGAAUAAGGAACGAAUGAAUGAUAUGUAUGUAUGAACAUGUGUCAAAAAUGGCUGAUAAUCAAAGAAAUGAGAAAUGAAGCAAGACCCCAUGCUUUGCCUGUUAGUUCAAAGAAGAUUAAAAUAAAUAUGAUCAUAUUCCGGGCUGGAGAUGUGUAGGGAAAAGGGAAGGACAUAAUUGAUAGCGUCUUCCUGGAGGGGCAGUAUGGCAAUGAAUUAAAAGGCAGAACGAGUAAUUUAUUCAUCCAUUCCACUGUUCAUGGACAUUUGGGUUCUUUUGCAUUUGGGGCUGUUGUGAAUAAAGCUGCUAUGAACAAUAAAAAAAAAAGAGGCACCUGCUUGUGAAGAAACAGUUUUAAACACUUUUCUAAGUAAUUUGACAUGUGUCAUGAUUGCUGUUGUUUAAAAAGGAAAAUAAUGGUAUGUCCCCUAGAUGUCGGUUUUAAAAAGUAUGCCAACUAUACUUGAGUAAAAAAAGUAAAUAAAAAAAUGAAAAGGCAAA